AUGUCUGAUCUGCCUGUCCCAGGCACUGUCCGCCUCAUUGACGCUGGCGGCGACUUGUCCGUCAAGCACGGCAACGAAAAAGCCGACAUCGUCCUCAUUCCCCAGCCCAGUUCCAACCCCGACGACCCCCUGAACUGGUCAUGGCGCCGAAAGACACACAAUCGCGUGUGGCAAGUGCUGUGGACUUUCAUCGGCGUCGCCAUCACCUGCGCCCUCGCCCCAGCCUACCCCAUGAUCCAAGAAGAGACCGGGAUUCCAAUGGCCAAUAUCACCACGGGCGUCGGGCUCAUGUACCUCUUUCUCGGAUGGGGGAACGUGAUUGUGCAGCCCUGGGCGCUGUACUGUGGCCGUCGCCAGGUCCUGCUUGCUUCGCUUCUGGCAACAUCUCUCACCGUGCUGUGGUCUGCAUACGUCCAAUCCAGCGGCGAGUGGUACGCAAACCGCAUCCUAAUGGGCAUCUCCAAUGCUCCUGUCGAGACGCUCGUCGAGAUCCUGGUCACUGAUCUAUCAUUCACCCAUGAGCGAGGCGGGUACAUGAGCGCCUAUACGUGGACGCUCUUCAAUGGAGCCUUUCUGGCCCCGAUUGCCAGUGGCUACAUUGCCCAGAACAUGAGCUGGCACUGGAUUCAGUGGAUUGGAACUAUCAUUGGCCUCGUAACCACUGUUAUCAUGUUCUUCUCGUUCGAAGAGACCAUGUUCUUUCGGAAAACGGGGCCAGUUGAGUUCCUGCAGGCUGGUUCAUCCAAGGACAUCGAGCAGCAGCAGCAUAAACCUGCUGCAGGGGAGAAAGACCUCCCUCCAGCUGAAGUUGAUAUCGCGCCUGGCGAAAUAUCAAUCCCAUCCCACUCCAAGUGGCGCCGCUACAUUCGAACCCUACGCCUCUGGGGUUUCCGAGCCCCCGACCAGCCCCCAUUCUCCCUAAAGCUUUCCCUCCUCCCCUUCGGUCUUCUUCGCUACCCCGUAAUCUGGUUCUCGGGGAUCCUCAUCGGCAGUAUCCUCGCCUGGUUCAACGUCCUCAACGCCACAACAGCCGAGAACUUCGGCAGCGAGCCCUACAACUUCACAACCAACCAGACCGGCCUGACCUACCUCGCCAACGUAAUCGGCUCAACCAUCGGCUGCUUCCUCGCGGGAUCUCUAAGCGACGCCGUUGCCGAAUUCCUUGCUCGCCGGAAUAAUGGUAUCAAGGAGCCUGAGCACCGCCUGUGGUUAGGCGUGAUCCCGCUCCUCCUGCACCCGGCAGGAUUCUUCCUUUACGGCAUUGGGGCUGCGCAUAAGCUGCAUUGGGUGGCCUUGGUGUUUGGGAUUGGAUUUAUCUCUGCGACCCUGCCGAUGGGGUCGCUUAUUGCGUUGAACUAUGUGAUUGACUGCUAUAAAGAGGCGGCUAGUGAGGCGAUCGUUGCUGUUAUUCUUAUAAGGAAUACGAUGGGAUUCGUCAUCACCUACGCCAUCUCCCCGAUGAUCUCCAACAUGGGCUUGCAGAAUGCGUUUAUCCUAGUCGGCUGCCUGGGGGCGGCUAUUUGGGGCACCUGUUUCUUGACGAUUUGGGCUGGGAAGGCGUGGCGCUCUCGCUCGGCGAAGUCGUAUUGGAAUAUUGUUGAGGAACAUAAUCUGCAGGCUCAUUAG